GGAAUCGCAUGGAAAUGUCAAUUCUUCAGCAGAAGCAACGGGCAGUUCGAAGAGAGUGAAAGUAGAAAUUGAUCAAAACAACUUGCAGCACCAUUCAACGCCAAAGAAAUCAAAGAUAAGCAACAGCGGCACACUCCACAAUGGGCAGUUGGGUGGAACAGACAGUGCCUGAAUUUCGGAAUCUCGAUCUACGGCGCUUGGGUGUCGAUGAGGCCUAUCUCAAUGUGACAUCGCACUUCCCAGCAUCCCUGUGGCUGUACUCCCUCUCCGAUGAGUGCCAUCGGUGUCCGUACAGUCGCAUCCAGGAGAUCCGUCGCAGCCAUGUUCUGCGUACAUCCACAAAAUUCCCCACAAGUUGGCGCUUCUACGACCGCGAUGUGGGCCCAUAUGCCCUCCAGGCGGCCCAGGAGGCGCGAAUCGUGUGUGACGUGCGUCCGGAAAUGGGGGAAUUUGGGGUGUAUGAUGUGCUCAUUGACAAUGCGGGGAAGUGCGAUGUGACCACAGCUCUCGAGCCAGUCAACAUUUAUUUGCCUUUUGUACUCUUUAUCAUCAUAAUCAUCGCCUUUGUGGCUACAGUGCGUGCCACAAAUAUUGCAAGAAGUUGGUACAAACGUCGACGGGAGCUACAGAAUAACCCUGAUGGGGUGCAAGAGGAGGAAAAACCCCCAGAAGUACCGAAGAAGCGACUGAGGAGCUUAGAUACCUUCCGGGGGCUAUGUAUUGUCCUCAUGGUGUUUGUGAAUAGCGGUGCUGGUGGGUACAAAGCCCUCGAGCAUGCAACAUGGAAUGGACUUCACUUUGCUGACGUCAUCUUCCCGUGGUUCCUCUGGAUUAUGGGUGUUUGCAUUCCGAUGUCUGUUAAAUCUCAACUUGUACGGAGUGUCCCCAAGAAGGAUAUUCUCCUCAAUGUCCUCAGGCGUUCAGUGACGCUUUUUGCCAUUGGGGUGAGCCUGAAUACAAUUUGGGGUGCUCAGUUGGAGAAUUUGCGAAUUUUCGGGGUUCUACAGAGAUUUGGGGUUGCCUACCUGGUUGUUGGGGGCUUGCACGUGAUCUUCCGCAAAGUGGGCAAUAUCUCACCACAGAAUGCCCUCAGUCGGGCUGUUUUUGACAUUCGUGUCCUCCUCCCGGAAUGGUGUGUGAUGCUGGUGCUGAUUACAGUUCACCUUGCACUGGCAUUUGGGCUGUCCGUGCCAGGAUGUGGACGUGGAUACCUCGGCCCGGGUGGGAUGCACGAGAUGACGCACUACAAUCACUGCAUUGGUGGUGCAACGGGGUAUAUAGAUCGCAAAAUUCUCACCCUGGAUCACAUCUAUCAGCAUCCAACGGCAAAACAAGUCUACGGAUCGGAAGCAUUUGAUCCGGAAGGCUUCUUUGGGUGCCUCCUGAGCAUCUUCCAAGUCUUCCUCGGGGUACAGUGUGGCGCCAUUCUCCUUGUGCACUCUGACUGGCGGGCAAGAGUCAAAAGAUGGAGCGUUUGGGGUGCUGUGCUGGCUUUUGUGGGUGGUGCUCUGUGUGAAUUCCGCAAGGAAGAUGGGCUGAUUCCGAUUAAUAAGAAUAUGUGGUCCCUGUCAUUUGUUCUCGUAACUUCCGGCAUGGCUUUCGUCCUCCUGGCCAUCAUGUACAUCAUUGUGGACGUACGAGGGGUCUGGCGUGGUGCUCCACUUGUGUACGCGGGAAUGAAUGCAAUUGUAAUCUAUAUUGGACACCAGGUAUUCCACAGGAUGCUACCUUGGCACUGGAGUAUUGGCCCCAUGAACACACACUUUGUGCGUUUAUUAGAAAGUGGCUGGAAUACAAUGCUCUGGGUGGGAAUUGCAUACUAUCUCUACAAGCGAAACCUCUUCUACAGCAUUUAAUGGCAAAAAGAGUGAAGGCAACAUGUGGUGGCGAACUCACACCACAUCCACCCCCAUUUGAAGCAUCAAGAAAUCCCUGAUAUUGCUCAUUAUCUCUUUGUCAAGACAAACGCAAAAUUUGCGCUCAAACCAUUCAAUAAAUGUAAGUUUUUAAUUGAUUUGAA